UGGGACAGGACGGCAGUGGCGGAACGGUGGAAAGGGGACGCCCGUGGGGUGGGAGGGACGAUGCGACGGCGAUUCUGCUGGGUUCCUGUGCUGCUCUGAGUGAGCCCGUUGGGGAAAAGGGCGAGGCGAGAUCUGGGUGACCCACUUCCGCGGUCGUGCAGUGGAGCGGAAUGGGGGAGCCCAUGUGCAGCGCGAGGCGGUCCAGCCCAACGCAUCCCGUGCUCCUCAUUAAAGUGCUUGCCCUUCUCCUGCUCUGCAGCCAUGUUCGCCCCCACUGCAAGAUUCUGCGCUGCAACGCAGCCUUCCUGGCCGCCACGGAGAACCUGGACGAUCCGCACGGGAACGCCGCCUACUGCGACGCCCUGCGCUCCUACUCCAGCUGCACGCGGAGGACGGCCCGGACCUGCCGGGGGAACCUGGCCUACCACUCGGCCGUCUACGGGAUCGAGGACCUCAUGAUCCAGAGCAACUGCUCCAAGGUGGGGCCAACCUCCCCGCCGCGGCCCCCCGUGCCGGCCCCCGACCAGGAGGGGCUCGCCGCCCUGGACCUCUGCGACUACGAGAAGAACUUCGCCCGCAAGUUUGGCCGGCCCCCGCAGUACCGCUACUGCGCCACGUUCGGGGACUGCCACGUGCGGACUUUCCACGACGAGUUCCACACCUGCCACGCGGACGGCUCCUGGCCACUGAUCGACAACAACUUCUUGUUCGUGCAGGCCACGAGUCAGCCCGUCGUCAGGGGGUCGCGCGCCACCGCCACGAGCAAGCUCACCAUCAUCUUCAAGGGCGCGCCGGAGUGCACCGAGGAGAGGGUCUACCAGGCCGAGGCGGGGGACCUGCCGGCCGCCUUCGUGGACGGCUCCGUGACGGGCGGCGAGAGGCCCGGGGGCAGCGGGCUGCUCAUCCGCGAGCGCCAGGCGCGGCAGCAGGUGGAGAUCCGCGCCGCGCACAUCGGCGCCACCAUCGCCGUGCGCCAGGUGGGCCGCCACCUGUCCUUCGCCAUCCGGGCGGCCGCCGAGGUGGCGUCCGCCUUCCCGGACGAGCAGGACCUGCAGCUGUGCGUGUGGGGCUGCCCGCCGAGCCGCCGCCUCUCGCGGAGCGCGCCCCGGCCCGGGCCCGGCAACCUCACCGCCGCGCGCGCCCGCCUGCCCCUCUUCCUCGAGCUGAACCAACUGCCAAGUGCUGGCCGCUCCGAUUAA